AUGCUAGCUAGUGAAGUUUCAAAGGAUCGUCGGAUUAUCCAAUGUUUAUGUGCCAUAUUUUGGUGUCUUUUAUCAGGAGGACCAAUUUUUGGGUUUGCAGCUUUAAAGCCGGUUUUAAUCAAAGAACACAUUUAUGAGAAGGCCUGUGAUAUCUCGAUCAAUUCUACGGAUAGUGUUUUGAGCUAUGGAUUAAAUCCUGAUCAUUUCACUCCAAUUACAUCCCAGUUGUUCAACAUGAUGAGCACUAAUGAAGAGUCCCCCAUUGCUAAAUGUACUGCCCAAGAUUUGAAAUUGAAUAUGAUGUUCACCGUGGGUGCGGUCAUGACCAAUGUUAGUGCAUUGGUUAUUGGUAGAGUAUUGGAUAUUUAUGGACCAAGAGUUUGUGGAAUGAUUGGAGCAGUAUUUCUUUACUUAGCAUGUUUUAUUUUCGUUUUCAAUAAAGCAUUGAGUAAAGUACCAAUGUUUGAUCCAUAUUUGAUUGGAUAUGCAAGUAUGGCAUUAGGAGGACCAUUUGCAUAUAUAUCCAGUUUCCAAUUGAGUAAUAGUUUCCCUCAAUACAGUGGUAGUAUAUUAGCUAUAUUGACCGGAGCUUUUGACUCUUCAAGUGCGGUAUUCUUAUUUUAUAGGAUUUUUUAUAAUAAGAGUGGAGGAAGCUUCAAAUUGGAUAAGUUUUUCGGGAUUUAUUUGGCGGUUCCAGUUUUCAUAACCUUAGCCCAAAUUUUGAUAAUGCCCGGGGAUUCCUAUAAAACUUCGGGUGACACCACCUUAUGUGUUGAUGAUGGUGCCAAUCGUCAAGAGCAGGAUGAAGAAAAUGCACAUUCCGAUUAUAAUACCAGUGGUAGACGCGAUUCAAUUGGGGACGCUUUGAAACAACCGUAUGCCACCGAGGGAGAAGUCACUUUGGUCGAACACAGUGGAGGAGUUUUUGGAAUCUUACAUGGAUAUUCCGCCCAGUAUCAAUUGAAGACUCCUUGGUUCUAUUUGAUGUGUUUAUUUGCCACGAUUCAAAUGUUAAGAUUGAACUAUUUCGUUGCCACGAUCAACACCCAAUACGGAUACUUAUUUCAAUCGUUUGCCAAAGCCGACAAAUUAACCAGAUUAUUUGACAUUGCAUUACCCUUGGGAGGAGUGAUUUCGAUCCCAUUUGUGGGAAUGUUUUUAGACAACUGCUCAACCGUUUUGGUUUUGGCCGUGUUGUUGGCAGUCUCCUUAAUCAUUGGUGUCUUGGGAUUACUGUCCAAUUAUAUCGCUGCAGUUGUCAACGUCUUAAUGUUUGUUGGUUAUAGACCGUUUUUUUACACUGCAGUAUCUGAUUUUUGUGCUAAGGUCUUUGGGUUCGAUACGUUUGGAACCGUUUACGGUUCCAUCAUCUGUAUCUCUGGUAUUAUCAACUUUGGUCAAAGUCUUUUGGAUCAAGCAACUCACAAUAACUUCAACAUGAAUCCAACCCCCAUAAACAUCAUGUUGGUCAUUGCUACUGUCAUCAUUGGUCUUUCAACCGUGGGAUACACCCAGCACCAAGCCAAGCUUUAUAGAUCAAGGAAACUAAACCAAUCCCAUUCUUAA